GACAUAUUCUUCUUCAAUAGCUCUAUAUUUCAAGUGUUCUUCGUGUUCUAGUAGCAUUUCCUCAGUUAUUAAUUGAAUGUUUUAUAUGCUCGCCAUUGCUCGAUUAUGUACGGAAAAUACAAUAAAUACACAAUGUCCAGGGUGCCGAAAAUAUUUCCCACCCGAAAACAGCCCUGAAUGAAAAUUUUGAGUAUCUCAAACAUCGUGACAUACAGAUUAAUUUUCACAUGCCUACCAGCUUAGCAUAUUUUAGUCUUAAUACAAUUUUUGAACGCGACGGAGUGACACAAUGGAACCCCCACAUUGUAAGAUUAAUUUUAACAACGAUCCACAAGGUGUCUUUCACAGUGGUGAAAUGUUAUCCGGCUCAGUAGAACUUCGACUGAAUCAUUCCAUGCUCGUUGAUGAUUUCAGGCUGGUGAUUUCCGGUUACGCUGAAGUAGAAUGGAUAGUACGGAAAAGCAAGGAUCAUAAAGUUACAUACGCAGGAAAGGAGAAACUUCUGCUAAAUGAAACAGCAUUGAUUCCCCCGAAUUAUAUCAGAAGUGAGAUACCGGCUGGCAUUCACGUGUUCAACUUUGUCUGCCCCAUUCCGCUCGAUGCACCUUCGUCUUACGAAGGAGAUCACGGCAAGAUUCGAUACACUGUUCAAGCUAUACUCGAUCGCCCGUGGAAAUUCGAUCAGAUCCGAACAUUCACAGUACUGAAACCAUUGGAUCUCAAUCAAUACAUCGACAGUUUGAAAGUUCGCCAAGAGAAAAAUCUGGUCAAAACGUUUUGCUGCUGGCCGUGCGCUUCCCGUCCGCUCUUUAUCGAAGUGGAAAUACCGAUGUCGGGAUACGUUCCUGGUCAAAGUAUCCCUAUUUCUGUGUCUCUGAACAAUGCCAGCAUCACUACUGUACAGGGUAUUGAAAGUAGCCUCAAGCGAAUAGUGUCAUACAUAAGCCAAUACCCAAAGCCGAAGUCUUGGGUUAUUGGACAAAGCCUAGCCAGCGUUUGGACAAGUGUUACCCAUCACGAACCCGCCACUUACUCUCAAGAAUUAGAAAUACCAUCGAUACCACCUUCUGGCAAGUGUUCCGUUCUCGCCAUAGAUUACAUUCUCAAGGUGAAAGUGCACGUGGUCGGUAUGCAUUUGAGUCCAAAAAUCAAACUUCCCAUCACUAUUGGAACUAUUCCUUUUGCACCCGUACCAACAAUAACCGUCACACCUCACGUAAACUUCGGAUGGACCUAUGGAAUAACAACAUUGCCCACUGCUCCGGAGCUGCCAUCACCGUCCAACGAUGCCGAAGUACCCCCUCCUUCGUACGAGGAAGCCUUGGACAGAAACGGUACCAGUAUCAACGAUGUCAAGCCGAAUGCCGUCGGUUUAAAGGCAUAUAAUCCUCGGGACUCGGUUUGUCAUUUGGAAAGACAAUCAAAUGAUUAAAUUUCAAUACAUUUUCUCAGGAAAUGUCACAAGCAAUCAGGAACAUCCAAAACAUUUCAA